AUGAUCAUCUCCGAGUUCGAACCGCUCUUCCAGCAGCUCGAAACCGAACGUCUCCUCUCCGACACUUUGCGGGAAAAAUCCAAAGACCUCGAUCGACUCUACCGCUCGCUCUCCGCUCAACUCAAUUCUGUCCACUCUGCAUCCUCACCUGACCAGUUCGCUGGAAUCGUCGCUCGAACGCUGCCGCUGUGGACGACAGUUCGAUCGUCGAUAGCUGAGCUGGCAACGCUGCUACCGGAGGAUUCGUUCUAUCGCUGGUGCGACGAUUUCUCGUAUCCGUUGAAGAACUUGACCUCGUUGAUCGCGUUGAUCGUGCUGCUCGGAUCGGGCGGAUUGGUCACGAAGGCUCAAGUAGGCAAAGUCAUGGGAUUGGAUAGGUACGAGGAAGGAAAGAUUCAGCUCGUCACGGAGGAUUAUCUGCAUGGACUAAUCAACGCCAUCAACGAACUGCCUAGGUUGGCCGUCAACAGCGUCACCGGCGGUGACUUCCGAACCCCCGUCAGACUAGCCAGAUUCGUAAAAGAGGUCCAUGGCGGUUUCCAGCUCCUGAAUCUUAAAAAUGAUAGUCUCAGAAAACGGUUUGACAGUCUAAAGUACGACGUGAAGAAGAUCGAGGAGAUCGUCUACGAUAUCUCGUUGAGAGGCUUGGUCAACGGCGAAGAUACAGGUCAAGAUGGGCUGGCGUUCAGAUGGGGAGAUGAGCGGCAGGUCGAGUUGGUGCAGUUGCUAGCCACCGACGGUCAGCCUUCCACUUAA